GAUUAUUUUUGGCAUCAAAAUUUCUAGUAAGGAUUAACAUCUUUCGAAAUGGCAUUUAGAUCAGCAAAAUUAACACAGCAUCAAGAUUUGAACAUGAAAAGCAUUGAGGAAAAAGUCAAAAAGGCAAAAAGUGAAAAGAAAAUUUUUAUAAUUAUGGGAAGAUAUGAAGCCAUUCGAAAAGGACUAGUCGAUCGAGGCUGGUUGGAAAAGGUUCUUGACAAUCAAAUGAUGUACAUCCCACCUUCAUCAGAACGACUGUUAAUCGCGUCACUUUUAAGGAACACAGACUUUAAUUUAAUUUGGCAACCGAAGUUUCGUCCAAUUAAGACUGAUGAAGCUAAGAAGCAUAUUGUUAAUUCCAUCUUUCGACAAAGGAUGUAUGACUUUACAACCAAGGAUGGACUUAAGAACUGCGUAGAUUCUUUCUCUUGGAAUUGUAUUGAAGGCGUUACUGAACUCAAUUAUUAUCCAAGGACUCACAUACUCAAUGAUAAGGCAUCAAAAGAUGAAUUUUUUGAGGAUUAUAGGCAAACAGCUUUUAUAGGUUUCAUCAAAUUCCUUAGUUCCGUUGAAAAGUUUUCUGAAUUAUUCUCAAUCGCUGGAAAUGUUCCUUUAGAAUCCAUUGACUUUACAAUACAGAAAAUCGAACUUUUAUUAAAAAUUGACGAUCAUGAAGACAUCGACAUGUCAAGGAUAUUUGAUGCUUGUGCUAAAUACCCAAAGGAUCAACGGAAAAUUCUCACUUAUAUCCACCAAAUGAUUAAUGGAAAUAGAAAAUUCGUGCUUGUAGAUCCCCUGAUCAUUCAGCAGUACCUAGUUGACAUAAAAGUUUGUGCAGACGAGAUUGAGCAUCGCUGGCCUCAUUUACAGUAUGAUGGAUAUAAUAAUACUUGGAUAUUCAAGCCUCUUGGUAAUUCUAGUGGAAAUGGCAUAAUUCUAGAGAAUCACUUUCAAAGAAUUCGUGAAAUGCUAUCCAUAAAUGCUUACAAGACAAUCCUAGUUCAAAAAUACAUUGAGAGACCAAUGCUGAUUCAUGGUAAAAAGUUUGACAUUAGAAUCUACUUGAUGACAUCAAUACAGAAUGGAUUUGUGCAUAUCUGGCUGUAUAAAGAUUGUUAUGUGAAAUUUGCAACUAAACGAUUUAAGCUCAAUGAUCUUCACAGGUCCAUUCAUGUUACUAAUUAUGCUGUACAAAAGCAUUUUAUGAAUGAACAAGAUGCUGUGCCUUAUGCAAAAGAAAACAUGUGGACAUUGAGACAAUUGAUUGAUUAUUUUGCAACAAUAGAGCAGCCGAGACUGUGGGAAUCAAAAAUUUAUCCAGCAAUUAAGAAAAUUUUACUUGCUGUAAUAAUCCCUAGCCUGGAAGUGACGAAUAUUGAAAACUUUAAUUUUGAACUAAACGGAGCAGACUUUAUGAUAACUUACGACUAUGAAACGUCAUUGAUUGAAGUCAAUUCUGUUCCUGCGUUGUUUUUCUCAAAUUCUGUAGUCGAAAUGAUAACAAACAAGCUUCUGGAUGAUGUGAUUAAAGUCGUAGUGGAUCAUUCAAGAGACUCAAGUGCCUAUACAGGAGAUUUUGAACUUAUUUAUUCCCAAGAAAUGCCAAAACAGGAGAAUUAUGCUGAUUUAACAAUUGUGGGUAGAAGAAUUGGACGCAACAUAAAAAGAAGCGAAUCUAUAAAUAAGCAACUGAUUGAUGUAAAAAUGAAUACAAAAACAAUUCAAGCAUAUAGGAAGAUAGCUGACAGAUAUGUUUAUUUGCAACAUGUUUAAAAGCUAUUGAGAAAUAAAUUUAUAAAAAAUUAAUUAAAAAUACCUUAAAUUAAUCAUUUCCUUUAUGUUUAGCUGUUUUCAUCGUCAUAGUCGCUCGCAUCACCUAAAUCAAGUCCGUCGUAUUCAUUCAUGCUCUAGAAAAUUAGAAAACUAUUAGUUUAACUUAAGCACAAUUUAAAAAUUAUCAACUUACUUCAAUGUCCUUAAAUGGUAAAUUUUCACAGCUCACACAAGUAAGAUAAGCUGUUCCAGAGUUGUGUCCUUCACAUUCGCAUAUAUGACAAGGUUUGACAUGAACAUUAGCGAUUCUCUUAGCAAAGACACUAGCCAAUAUCUUCAACUCAUUCACGUUUGAUCUACCUCCAGUUAAAAAUAUUGAGCCUUCUGUUUCAUAUGUUAGAGAUUCACAUUCUUUUAUAGCUUUUGGAAUUUUGACAGUCUUCCUUAAUUUUUCAUCUCCUGUAAGUUUUGUUUGAUCUUUUCUUAGAUAAGCUUUUGUAUUAUCAAUUCCUAAUAUCUUCUUGGAAUUUAUAGCUUCAUUUGACAGGAUAUGCAGAAUGAUAUCAUUUUCACGCAGCAGUUGGC